AUGUUCGGAACGUAUCAAUACCCCGACUUCCCCAUGGAAAGCGGAAAGUUUGGCGCACAACCAGGCCAACAUAUUCCUGCCAGAGCAGUGCACGAGUACCUCAAGUCGUACGCAGAAAAAUUUGGUCUGGUGCCACUUAUUCGUCUCGAGACAAGAGUUCUUUCGGCAGAGCACCAAGAAGCAGCUGAAGGGGGAUGGAUACUGACCCUCCAAUGUCACGGUGAGACCUUGACCAUGUUUGCGCGGAGGUUAAUCGUCGCAUCCGGCUUUACUUCUGAGCCCAACCUAAUACGGUUUGUCGGCGACGAAAGUUUUGGGGGUCGAAUUUUCCACGGCCGCGAUUUUCAUCACAACGCAGAUACCGUCAAGUGUGCCCAGAGGCCUACGGUUUAUGGGUCGACAAAAUACGCCUGGGAUGCUGUGUAUGCUUACGCGGCAGCUGGAGCCGAAGUGCAUUGGGUCAUUAGAGUUGGAAGAUUCGUCACCAACUUGUUCUGGAAAAUUUUAGCGUCAGACGUGCUAGGCCGGUGCCGGCUUGACUCCCACCCGGAGACAAGAAAGCUGAAGCCCAAGCUCAAUGCCAUGUUCGUGGGAGCAAGUUUUAGCAUCUUGAAUUACGAUACCGACUUUUUUGACCUUGUUCGGAAGAAGCGGGUCAAGAUUCACAUAGCCGACAUUGAGCGUCUGAGCCCAGGCAAAGUCCAUCUCUCUGACAAUACAUGCUUUGAGUCGGAUUCGAUCCUGGUACACACUGGGUGGAAGAGAGUGCCCCCAAUCAAGUUCCUCCCUGAAGGGGUUGACGCGGAGCUGGGGCUUCCCUAUCAACAAAAAGCCGGCCUUGACGCAGAAUUGCUGAGGAGAAACGAGGCUGUCCUUGAGAAGGCCGACCGGGAGAUUCUAUCACGGUUCCCAAGCUUGCAAGACCAGCCCCAGUGUCUGAAGAAUUACGUGCCGCUUUCGAAUGUGCCGGGAGUUGUAAGAGCCGGGACGCCAACGGAGAAUGACAACUUGACACCAUUUAUGCUCCAUCGAUUCAUAGUGCCCCCGUCACCGCGGUUUCUUCGCCAUCGAGAUAUUGCCUUUUGCGGCAUGGUGACAAACUUCAGCACGCCCAUAUCGGCACAUGUCCAGAGCCUAUGGAUAGCCUCUUACAUGUCAGACAGCUUGAGUCGCGAUGCAACACGGAAUCUCCUGCAACCAGGAGCACUGGACGAGCUGCAAUACCAAACAGUUUUGGUCAACCGGUUCGGGAAAUGGAGAUACCCCGUGGAUUGGGGUAACAAGGCCCCUUCAUUUAUAUUCGACGCCGUUCCCUACUACGAUGUGCUCCUUCGAGAUCUAGGGUUGGCCUUUAGGAGGAAACGGGGACUUCUGUCAGAAUUAUUUGAGCCAUACGGGCCAGAAGACUAUAGCAAUACGACUAUAGAAUGGCUAGCAAAACUCAAAACCCUAGAGUAA